AUGAAUUACAAGCUGACAAUAAGGACUAAGGCGCGAAACCUGUGCAUACCUAUAGCUUUUCGUGGUCCUUUGGAGUCGGAUCUGAAGAAGCGAAGAACUGACGGCUUGACCUGGAACAAGAUAGCUGCCGGGUGUAAGAAAACCGUGAUUGCUCCAAAGUGCACCAUAGAGUCGCCACAGCGUCGCCGCAAAGGGGGCGACAUGAAAGCAGUUGGUGGUGGGCAUCAAGACAGAACACAGGGUGCGACAUUGUAUCCCAUCUGA